CUAAAAUUCUCAUUGGUGAACUACGACUCACAUUCUCCAUUAUAGUUCUGUGAGCCAAAGUCAUUGCAAAACAGUGACAAGGACACCUUACAAGUCUGCACUGUGCAGUGGACAUUAUUCAACAUCACUGUUCUGGACCAUGGUCCUUCAUAGUGGCUGCAGCAUGAGCAUCCCUGCUAGUGUGAGUGUUGAGAGCCAGCUUCCCGCCUCCUGGAGCCCCCACUACAACAGCCCAGAUGUGUCCAUGGUGUCAUCGGGUUAUGCUAGUCGUCUGUGGUCCCAUGACCUCCACCCACAGUAUUGGUCCAAAUAUCAGGUGUGGGAAUGGCUUCAGCAGACCCUGGACGUGCACCAGAUUGAUGCCACAUCCAUCCCGUUCAGUAACUUUGACCUGGAUGGAAGGCAGCUGUGUAGCAUGAGCUAUCAGGACUUCACACAUUUGGCUGGAUCUGUCGGUCCAGUCCUCUACCAGAGUCUGACUGAUCUCAAGUGGAGCAGUCAAUAUGGCAACUCAGCGGAUAUGUUUACACCUGGGGAUAUUAAAACAGAAUUAGAUGAUCUUCCAUGUUCAAUCUUACCUUACAAAGAGGAGUCCAGUUUCUAUGCCACCUCAGAGCAUUUUGACAUUAAAACCCCAUUUCAGCCAACGACAGUGAUGACAUCACCAGCUCCCUGUAGUCCAGACCCUAAAAGAGCCCACAGUCGCUCGCACCAAGUGAAAAAACACAACCCUCGUGGGACCCAUCUGUGGGAGUUCAUACGGGAUAUUUUGCUGAACCCAGAGAGGAACCCAGGCCUGAUUAAAUGGGAGAACAGAUCAGAGGGUGUAUUUCGCUUCCUGAAGUCUGAGGCUGUAGCACAGCUAUGGGGCAAGAAGAAGAACAACAGCAGCAUGACCUAUGAGAAGCUCAGUCGAGCAAUGAGGUAUUACUACAAACGAGAGAUUUUAGAACGUGUAGAUGGACGCAGACUGGUCUACAAGUUUGGAAGGAAUGCACGUGGAUGGAGAGAAACAGAGAAGUGAAGGAGUUGGCCACAUGUUUAUUUUCCUCUUUUCCUUUUCAAUAGGAAAUGUGAAGUCUCUUAUUUAUAACAAUACGACCUUUAUGUUGUUUACCUAUAAGAAGGAGUGUGAUGUCUUUUUUUUUAUGCUGUUUGUAUUUAUACCUCUUUUUACGUUUGUUUAAACCUGGAAAAAAAAGUUUGCACCUAUCUUUGAACCAGUAGUGCUUAGCUGAAAUUCUUCAUAGUACUAUUUACAGACCUUUUUCCCCAGAACUUUUUUUUAUAUAUAUUUAUGAGCUGAUACUUUUCCAUCACUGGCUGCCAAAACUUCUAUGCAGUAUAUUUCAUUGGAAGAUCAACAGACUGUUAGAUUGCGCAAUGAUUGGACUUGGAGAAACUUUAUACAACACACUUAUUCUAACAUGGAGGUGUAUAAGGGUACACCCACACUAUUAAUUCCACCUAAACCUGAAAAUCUACAGUGUCUGAACAGAUGAUGACACACUACUGCUAUAUUUGGCGUCUCUUUUCCAACUGUAUGUGACCAGUUUCAGAGUUUAUUUCAACUACAACGACUUCAAAUUCUAAAUGCAUGGCUGAAGAGAAGUAUGAAAGGUAUAUUUCAAGCAAUACCUCUCGAACGCUGGCUAAAAUUAAACAUCAAUCUUAUACUGCCUUUCUCUGUGGUACUUAUUCUUGGUCAAAUUUUUUAAAUAUAUUUUAUUGUGAAGCACAAAGGCUGGCAAGUUUACUGUAUAGUCUAUACAGUGUUUCAACUGCCUUUGAGGAGCAAACAAUGUAUAUGUACAGUACAGUUGUAAUCUGUAUGCUUCAAUAAAAAAAAAAUUGUUAAA